AUGGUUUCCCCUAAUCUUGGUGGUCAUGGUCAUACUUCAAAGGGAAUACCGGCAGGUAAUAAUAACCGAUAUCGGGAGAGGGAGUCUCCAAAGGACACAAAUAGCGAAUCUUUGCAGCUGAAGCGAGAGUAUAAGAAACAACUUAAUGAGGCGAUUUACAAUUUUCUGAUGAAAUCAUCAUUAUCGUCGACAGCCAAGGAAUUCGUGAGGGAUGUUGAUGCUCAAUGUGAAGUUUCUGAUCCCAAAUCGGGCUCUAUUCAUGGCAGCGGGCAGGAAUCGCUGUAUGAAUGGUGGCAGAUAUUCUGGGAUUUUUUCAAUACGGGGAUCCAAAGAAGUGGAUCGGAAGUAACUCAACAGUACUUUCGUAUUAUUACAGCUCAAGAAAAUGAAGAGCAAAAUUAUAGGAGCAUUGCUGCUCAAACGGCGAGACUACAGUAUAUUAAUGAAGAGAGGGGCUAUUUCAGGAAUGACUCCAGAGAUCCGAUGUCGACUGCAAUGUCAAUAGCAAAUGCCUUUUCAAACCCCACCACAACGCUGUUUACGGUACCAGAUCAUACUUCUGACCCAGGGCUUGCAAUGAAUUCUAUCCAUACACCACAUGAAGGUUUUCGAUAUCCAAUACAGCCGUAUAACACACAUUCAGCCACUGACAGUGCUAAUUAUUCUUUUAUGACGCGAGAACAAACUCAAGUGAGGAACCCAAUUCGCAAGCACUCUUCAAUUAUGAGUGGGGGGCUACCCAGGACACCAAAUAGCAAUAGUAAGAAGAUUGAAAAAUUGAAUAUUGGCGAUCCAAUAUCAGGUUUAACUAAGAAACGUGUCAAAGCGUUUAAAAAAAAACUGGAUAAAGAACAAAAUCCUAUUAUUUUGAAAUCAAAGAAAUUGAAAAAGAAUGCACAUGAAUUUGAUGAUAUCCCUGGAACAGAUAAUUUUUAUGUGGAACAACCAAGAUCAACGGCAAUUACAGGAACCAAAAAGAGCCCUUGGAUCAAAAAUCGAAAGGAAAGGGAGGCCACCUCAAGGACUUCAAAGAGACAAAUAAAAAAGAAAGCAGCCAAGAAUAUGGAUAAAACUAAAACUAGUAUCACGUCAUCAACCACCCAGAAGGCGACUCCAACGGAGAAUGUUCUAUCAUUCAACAGCACGAAUUUGGUUGAACAAAGUAUGAGCAAAGGACCAUUAGCUAGUCCGCUAACUACUAUACAUGAGUUACCUAGGGAAUCAGAUAUUUUGCAUAAUAAGAUGAACCACAAACAAUCAGCGGUGAAAAAGGUAGGGUCGCCUUCCGCGACAAUAUUUCCACAAAAUGUUAAGCAAAGCGUAGGUGAAACUAAAGCCUUUUACCAGACACAUUCAUCUAACGAGGAAGCGAUUACUCUUAAGGUAGCCCCACAUAGUGAUAAUUACGACUUCGGCUUGCAUAAUGAACACGAACUUUUAUCGAUCGGUAUAUCACCAGCCAAGCCAGUAUAUGACUCAACUAUGUUAGUCGCUUUGCAUGGUGAUUUAAAGGGUGAAGUUACUACUGUUGAAGGGCAUAAAUCUGACAAAAUACGAGAUGACAAUCAUGAAUAUGAGAAUCAUUUCGAAGACGCAAACGAACAUGAUCUUAACUUUAUGAACUGGCAUUAG